CUUGCACAGCAUGUCAGAGUAUACGGAAUAAGCCGGCUCAUGUGAUGUCACAUCCAUGGAUCUACCCAGAUGCGCCCUGGACUCGCCUUCAUGUGGAUUUUGCAGAGUUCAAGGGAAAGCAAUACCUUGUGGUAAUUGAUGCAUUUACCAAGUGGCCGGAAGUCCACGAGCUCGGAAUACAUGCCACUACGACUCAGACAGUUGAAGCAUUGAGGAGGUCAUUCAGCUGCCAUGGAAUCCCUCAAAGGCUAGUUUCAGAUAACGGGCCUCAAUUCGUGGCAAGAGAGUUUCAAGACUUCGUGAGAGCGAAUGGGAUUAGACAUCAAAGGACACCUCCGUAUCACCCUGCUUCGAAUGGGCAGGCAGAACGGUUCGUGCAGGAGCUCAAGAAGUCUCUGAAGAUGAGGCCACCAGAUCGGUCAAUUAGUCAUCAGAUUUCGUUACUGUUGUUGAAAUAUCGAACAACCCCAAACACUACUACUGGGAAGACACCAUCAGAACUACUGAUGAAACGUGAGCUGAGAACACGGUUGACAUUAGUAAGACCAGAGAGUGGACGACAAAUUCGAGACAGGCAGAGUGAGAGAUACGAAGAAGCAACAAAAUACGUUAGAAAUCUUAACCCAGGAGACACAGUGGCAGUCCUCAACACACGUCGAGAUGGCCGAGGGAAAUGGCUGACAGGAAUCAUCCUACAGCGCUUGGGACCAACAAAUUACAUGGUGGACGUGAACAAUCACCUCCGGUAUGUUCAUAUCGAACAUAUCAGGAGACGAGAUGAAAGGAGUGUGCCUGCUGUCAUAGAGACAUCAGAUGAGGCGGGUACUGAAACAACUACAGAUAUUACUUCUAAUCCACGACCAACACUUGAACAGACAGGACAAACAGAACCUACUAGUCCAGUGAGAGAGGCACAACAAGCAGAAGAACCUGUUACAAUAGCCACACCAUCUCUUGCUGAGGGAGCUACAGCCAAAGUAAGGGGAACAUCAAGUGGAACUGAUCGACGUUAUCCAGUUCGAGUUAAUCGUCAGUUACCCCUCCGAUAUAGACAAAGCUAAAGAGAGAGGAGUGUGGUAGACUGGUACAUAGAUUGGUGAGCAUGCGUACGUUGGGGUGUCAUAUACUUAGAUAAUUAGAUAAGUGACUGUUAGCACUUGUUGGAUUGCUGUUGCGUUAGAGUCUGAGCAUAGCAUAGACUGAUAGGGUGUGAUAGCUUGUGCCGAUCUGGAACGUAGCUUACGACUGUUAUAAUAUA